GCGCUCGACCAACGAUGCCGCCGCGCAAGUCCUCGACGGGCAGCAGCGAUGGCAAGAAGCAGACGACGCUCUCAUCCUUCUUCAAGAAGGCGUCGGCGACGCCCAAGCCCGCCAAGGUGCGGCCCGGGUCCGAGGUCGUCGGGAAGCGGCUCAAGGUCUGGUGGCCCGCCGACGGCGCCUGGUACGCCGGGCGCGUGGCGUCGCUGACCGCCGGGGGCGCGACGCACGAGGUGCGCUACGACGACGGCGACGUCGAGGCCGUCGACCUCGCCGUCGAGAAGUACGAGUGGCUCGCCGACGAGGCGUCGCCGUCGGCCGUCGCGUCGACGCAGGCCUACGACGGCGGCAAGCGCGCGCCGGCCGCCGCCGGGGGCUCGGCCGCGAAGCGCGCGAAGCGCGCCGCGUCCGACGACGACGACGACGACGCCAUGGACGACGGCGACGACGGCGACGACGGCUCGGACUACGACGGCGGCGGCGGCGAGGGCGCCGCGGACAGCGCGGACGACGACAGCGACGACGACAGCGAGGAGGAGGCGCCCAAGCCCAAGGCGCGGAAGCGGCGCAUCGUCGUCGAGAGCGACGACGACGACGACGGCGACGCCGCGGCGCCGCCGAAGAAGAAGGCGCCGUGCCGCAUCUCGACGGACGUCGCGGCCCGCGGCUCCGCGGCCUUCGACGCGUCGGCGUUCCACGACAAGUACCGCAAGCGGAGCGGCGGCUCCGAGGCGUCCGCGCCCGUGUCCGCGGAGAAGGCGCGGUCCGCGGACGACGACGACGAGCCCCUCGUGAACCACGACGCGGGCGACGACAAGGCCCGCUCCGUCUUCCCCGCGGGCUGCCACCUCCACGACACGGACCCGGGCUACGCCUUCGCCGGCGCCGACCGCCGCGACGCCGCGGGCCUGCGGCCCGGCGACGCCGGCUUCGAUUGCCGGACGCUGAAAGUGCCCAAGGACUGCGCGGUCUACCGGGGCAAGGGCCUCAGCGAGGUCCAGCGCCAGUGGUGGGCCGUCAAGUCGACGCACUUCGACUGCCUCCUCUUCUUCAAGAUCGGCAAGUUCUACGAGAUGUACCACAUGGACGCGGACGUCGGCGUCCGCGACGGCGGCCUCGUCUACAUGAAGGGCGAGCAGGCUCACUCCGGGUUCCCCGAGCUCGCCUACGGCAAGUACGUCGAGGCCCUCGUGGCCAAGGGCCACAAGGUCGCGCGCGUCGAGCAGACGGAGACGCCCGACGGCACGAAGCUGCGGGUCGAGCGGCUUAAAAAAAAGGGCCGGAAGCCGUCGUCCGCGGAGAAGACGAUGCGCCGCGAGGUCUGCAGCGUCGUCACGCCGGGCACGCGGACCUACUCCGUGCUCGACAUGCGCCUCGAGAAGGACGGCGGCGGCUUCGAGCCCGUGGCCGGGCCCACGCUCCUCGCGGCCGUCCGGGAGCGCGAGGUCGACGGCGUUUUCACGUACGGAGUCUGCGUGUGCGACGCGCCCACGGGCACGUUCACGCUGGCCCAGUUCGAGGACGACGCCAUGCGCACGCGCCUCCGGACGCUCCUGGCGGACAAGGCCUGCGCGGAGGUGCUCGUGGAGCGGGCCGCGGCCGCGUCCGAUUUGGUGGACGUCGUCCGCCGGUCGACGACGGCCGCCGUGGAGAGCCUGGCGCCGGGCGCCGAGUUCUGGGGCGCGGACAAGACCGUCCUCGGGUCCGCGGCGGCCGACGGCCGCGCCGGGUCGCUCUGGCAGCUCGUGGACCACUGCAAGACGCCCUUCGGCCGGCGGCUGCUGCGCGAGUGGCUCGCGCGGCCCCUCGUGGACGCGCGGGACGUCGCGGACCGCACGGACGCGGUCGCGGAGUUGGUGGAGGACCGGGCGCUCGCGGACGCGCUCCGGUCCAAGCUCGCGCGGCUGCCGGACCUCGAGCGCCUCCUCCAGCAGCUCCACACGCUCGGCGCGGCGCGGCGCGCCGUCGCCGCCGGCGACGACGACGACCUCGCGCAGCACCCGGACGCGCGCGCCGUGCUCUUUGACGCGAAGAAGUUCGACGCGCGCAAGGUCAAGCAGCUCGCGGACGCGCUCCAGGCCCUGGGCCGCUGCGCGGCGCUGGCCGAGGGCGCCGACGUGACCGCGCCGCUCCUCGCCGCGUGCCUCGGUCCUGCCGGCGCGGGCGGCUGCUUCCCGGACCUGAACGCGAAGCUCGCGGCGUUCGACUCCUUCGAUCUCGCCGAGGCGAAGCGCACGGGCGAGCUCGCGGCCGUGCGGGGCGUCGACGACGCCUACGACGCGGCCCUGGACGACAAGGCCGCGCGCGUCCGCGACCUCGACGACUGGCUCAAGGACGCGAAGCGCGAGCACCGGUGCCCGGACCUCAAGUACAAGACGAGCGCCAAGGACCGCUACUGCGUCGAGGUGCCCGAGCAAUUCUUCGCCCGGGACCGCGCCUUCGAGCACCUGCCCGCGGGCUGGACGCAGCGCACGAAAACCAAGAAGUGCCGGUCGUUCCUCGCGCCCGACGUCGCCGAGCUCGUCGAAGCGCUCGAGGACGCGGAGAAGCGCGCGGCCGCGGCCAAGGUCGACCAGAUGCGGAGCCUCUUCGCGGCCUUCGACAAGGAGCGGGACCGCUGGGCCGCCGCCGUCGCCUGCGUGGGCACGCUCGACGCCCUGCUCGCGCUCGCGCACGUGAGCCGGCGGCCGGGCUUCGCGCGCGCGGUCCUCGAGGACGGCGCCGAGCCCUUCGUCGCCAUCGACGACGGCGCCCACCCCUGCCUCGCGGGCGACGGCGCGUCGGCCGGCGACGUCAUCGCCAACGACGUCCACGUCGGCGGCGCCAAGCCGCGCAUGCUGCUGCUGUCGGGGCCCAACAUGGGCGGCAAGUCGACGCUGCUCCGCCACGUCUGCGUCUCCGCGAUCCUCGCGCAGGCGGGCUGCUUCGUCAAGGCCAGGGCCAUGCGCCUGAGCCCCGUGGACCGCGUCUUCACGCGCCUCGGCGCGUCGGACCGCAUCCUCAUGGGCCAGUCGACGUUCAUGGUCGAGCUCCUCGAGACGGCCGCGAUCCUCAAGCAGGCGUCGGCCAAGUCGCUCGUCAUCCUCGACGAGCUCGGCCGGGGCACGGCGACCUGGGACGGCGCGGCCAUCGCCCACGCCGUCGUCCACCACCUCGUCGCGAACUCCAAGUGCCGCGCCCUAUUCGCGACGCACUACCACGACCUCGUCGCGUCCUGGGCGGGCCACUCCGACGUCCAGCUCGGCCACAUGGACUGCCUCGUCGACCCGGAGUCCGACACCGUCGUCUUCCUCUACAAGCUCACCGACGGCUGCUCCCCCAAGUCCUUCGGCAUCAACGUCGCCAAGCUCGCGAAGCUCCCCAAGAAGGUCCUCGACCGCGCCGCGGCCAAGAGCGCCGAGUUCGAGGCCAAGCUCAAGGCCAAGUCCCAAGCCAAGUGAGGGGGCGUCCGCGCCCCCGACGUAAGAAGACGCGGUCCC